AUGCCCGCCAGAAUACCGCCACGACUGGUCAUACCAACCUAUCUGAAACCGCCGAAUGAUUACAACAUCGCUCUGCACGCUACCUUGAAUAUGUCUUCUAUAUCCGCCCUUCAAGCUCGUCUAAAAGAGCUCUCGACUUCUUUAGCACAGAUUCACCCUCUCGUGUCGCGAUUGCGGAACUUUACGACUGCCGUCGGGCAAGGCGAUGAAGCUCGGUUGGAAUUGGGAGCGGAGAUCCAUAGUCUGCUGAAAGAGGCAGAGAUACAAUUGGAGGUCUUGAGGGUUGAUGUCGAAGCAUUAGAAACUGCCACGGAAGGCAGACGAAAAGGAGUGGACAAUGAGAAGGAGUUAGAACGGGAACGGGUUGUUGCGUUGGCAGGGAGACUAGCGGAAGACUUGAAAAAGUGA